AUGGCGUCGCAACAAAGCCUCAUGAUAGCAAUACACAAACACAAGCUCAAGGAGCUGUGCGCUCGAGGUGUUAGAAUGUUGCCUAAGAAGCAUUUGUCGGGUGCUGAGAAAAGGAAAAAAAGAAAACGAGAAGAUCAGUUUAUUGAAUCGCAAAAGGGUGCUAUACAUAAGUUUUUUUCAGUUUCAAGUAAUGUUGUUUCCGGUGAUAAUCCUGAAGAUAUAGAUGAUUGUAGUACAGAAGAUCAAGGGCAGGAACCUAAUCAUAAUUUAAAUGCAGAAGUUGAUGUCAAUGAGGAUGGUACAGGGGAACAAAAUUUAUUGCCUUCAUCUGAUACUGAAAAUUCAAAUGCUGAUGAACAAAAAGAUUCUUUGUUAGCUAUCUAUGAUCCUAGAACAUGGGACAAUCUUGACAAUAGGGGAAGAGAUAUCUUAAUUGAAAAAGGACCUGUGAGAGAAUUGAAUUUGCAGUUUCCUUCGGAUAGUAGUGGUAGACAUUUUUCAUAUGCUUACUACUCCAGGAAGUUAAGUAAUGGUGAGGUUGUUGAUAGAAAGUGGUUGGUUUACUCUAAGCAUGUGGAUAAAGUUUACUGUUUUUGCUGUCGAUUGUUCAAAUCAAAUCAGACCAAAACUUUGUUGGCAUAUGAUGGAUUGAGGGACUGGAAGCAUCUCAGUGGGAGACUCAAACAACAUGAGAACAGCGUUGAGCAUAUGACAAAUAUGAAUACGUGGAAUGAACUUAGGUUGAGGUUAAGGAAAAAUCAGACAAUUGAUGAUGAUUUGCAACGGGAAAUUGCAAAGGAAAAAGAGCGUUGGAGACAGGUUUUGGUAAGAAUAGUUUCUGCUGUGAAGUUUCUUGCUAAACAUAAUUUGGCCUUUCGAGGAUCCAAUGAGAAACUUUAUCAGGAUAACAAUGGUAAUUUUCUAGGCACAAUUGAAAUGAUUGCUGAAUUUGAUUCUGUGAUGCAAGAACAUAUUAGGCGCAUUCAAAAUAAUGAAAUUCAUCAUCAUUAUCUUGGCCACAAUAUUCAGAAUGAGUUAAUUUCUAUUCUUGCUCAUGCCGUGAAAAGUUUUAUUUUAAGGAUCAUCAAGGAUGCCAAGUAUUUCUCUAUUAUCUUGGAUUGUACCCCAGAUGUUAGCCAUGAAGAACAAAUGACUCUAAUUGUGCGGUGUGUUAACAUGUCAAGUAACAUUCCGAGAGUGGAGGAGUUCUUUCUAGAGUUCUUAAAGGUGGAUGACACAUCAGGAUUGGGGCUUUUUAAUGAAUUGAUGAAUGCAUUGGACUCUCUUGAUUUGAAUGUCGCUGAUGUGAGAGGUCAAGGUUAUGACAAUGGUUCUAACAUGAAGGGAAAACACCAAGGUGUUCAGAAGCGUUUGCUUGAAAUUAAUCCAAGAGCAUUAUAUAUGCCAUGUGCAUGUCAUAGUCUAAAUCUCACUCUUUGUGAUAUGGCGAAAUCUUGCAGCAAAGCUAUUUCAUUCUUCGGUGUUAUACAACGGAUAUAUGCAUUGUUUUCAUGUUCUACUAAAAGGUGGAAGAUUUUGCUUGACAAUGUUCCAGAACUAACUGUCAAAUAUUUGUCUAAUACUCGUUGGGAGAGUCGAAUAAACAGUGUACAAGCUAUCAGGUACCAAACUCCCCAAAUAAGGUCAGCUUUGUUGGAACUGGAGACAUCUUCUACUGAUGACCCAAAAGCAGUGAGUGAUGCUCAAUCUUUGAUAACUGCACUUGAGAAUUUUGAAUUUUUAGUUGAAGCCAUUGCAUCUGAAUUGGAUGUAGAGCCAAAAUUUCCUACAAAACGUCAAGGUAAAAGAAAGAAGCAUUUUGAUGAAGAAAAUGACCUAAAUGAAGAAACACAGUCAGCUAUAGAAUCCUUCAGAGUUAAUUACUUUCUAGUCAUGAUUGAUGUUGCAAUUGCUUCAUUGACUAAUCGAUUUGAGCAGUUGAAGGCAUUUGAAAAUGUGUUUGGUUUCUUAUUCAACUCAAAAAAUCUAAAGUCCUUGGAUGAUACUGAUCUACGAAAACAUUGCACUACUUUUGUAGAAGCUUUUUCUCAUGUUAACUCAUCUGAUGUUGAGUUAAAUGAUUUUUUCUCUGAAUUAAAAGUGCUGCAAGUAAUUUUGCCAGAUGUUUUGAUGUCAGCACCUGAGAUUCUUCAGUUUGUUAUAGCUGCAGAUUGCUAUCCAAAUGUCUCUGUUGCCUAUCGGAUCCUCUUAACUGUACCUGUGACUGUAGCUUCAGCUGAAAGAAGUUUCUCAAAAUUAAAAUUACUGAAAAACUAUUUGAGGUCAACUAUGUCACAGGAAAGAUUGAAUGGUUUGGCUAUGUGCUGCAUUGAGAAGAAUGUCUUGGACAGCAUUGAUCUCGAUAUUGUCCUUAAUGAUUUUGCAUCAAGAAAUGCCCGAAGGAAUUGUUUUUUAUGA